AUUCAGCAGUUCAGUAUGGUUUGUUCACAUUGCAGGCAAUCACCAGGUGGUGCGUGUCUAGUGACAAACUCGCAAUCGCACCCCACCUAUAUAUAUCUGGACAUUUUAUAAUGCUCUGGCAGUCACGCAACUUGUCAAUCUGUUUAAAGCAUGAUAAUCCCAAUCUGGAGAGUUCUACGCGUGCGGACAGGUGCUCCUUUUGUCGCAUAGAGUAAGUCAGUCUCCACCGCCUCUCAUGUGAAAACAGUAGAUAUGCUGCCGGUAUCCUCCGAGAAGAGCAAUAGUAUUGGUCUCAGUGUCGAGGAAAUCAAGGAGAUGAAGGAGCCCGAGAAGCCUGUUGCUCUUCCCAGUUUCCGUAGGGUUAAGAAGGGAAAGCCAGGAAGCCGAGCCAUCAAGCGUCAGACUGAGUCUGCCCCUCCUUCGGAGAGUCAUUGA